CGGUCCCCGGCUGAGGGGAGUGGCAGGGCCGGGGCUCGGAUGGCGGGGCCGGGGCCCCGGGGUUGAGCGGCGGCGGCGGCGCCGGCCGGAGGGAAGACAGGAUGUUCCAGUCCAUGAUGUCUGUGAUGAGAUUCUCCAUGUCUGACAACAUCACACAUUCGACUUCCCCCGUGACAGCACCGGAUAAUGUGACAACUCUGUCCCCGAUGACAACGCAGGUGGUCAACGACACGAACAUCACUGUGCCACACAAGUGCCUGUUGUUGCUCUAUGAGGACAUUGGGAAGUCCAGAGUCCGCUACUGGGAUCUUCUGCUCCUGGUUCCCAAUGUGCUUUUCUUUAUGUUUCUUCUCUGGAAACUGCCCUCUGCCAGGGCCAAAAUCCGGGUCACUUCCAGCCCAAUCUUCACUACAUUCUACAUACUAGUAUUUGUGGUGGCUUUAGUUGGUAUUGCCCGUGCUGUUGUCUCCAUGACUGUGAGUGCCUCUGAUGCUGCCACAGUUGCUGACAAGAUCCUGUGGGAGAUCACAAGGUUCUUCCUUCUGGCGAUUGAGCUGAGUGUGGUGAUUCUAGGCCUUGCCUUUGGUCACCUGGAGAGCAAGUCAAGUGUGAAACGUGUACUGGCAAUCACUACUGUGCUGUCUCUGGCAUAUUCUGUCACCCAGGGCACCCUGGAAAUCCUGUACCCUGAUGCCCACCUCUCAGCAGAAGACUUCAACAUCUAUGGCCAUGGAGGGAGACACUUUUGGCUUGCCAGCUCCUGUUUCUUCUUUCUGGUCUAUUCCUUGGUGGUGAUUCUUCCAAAAACUCCUCUGAAAGACCGGAUUUCUUUGCCCUCCCGGAAGAGUUUUUAUAUUUAUGCUGCCAUCCUGGCACUGCUGAACCUGGUGCAGGGCCUGGGCAGUGCCCUCCUCUGUGUGGAUAUCAUAGAAGGACUGUGCUGUGUUGAUGCUACCACGUUCCUUUACUUCAGCUUUUUUGCACCUCUCAUCUAUGUGGCAUUCCUGAAAGGCUUCUUUGGGUCUGAACCGAAGAUCCUUUUCUCCUACAAAUGUCAGGUGGAUGAACCUGAGGAUGUGGAUGUGCACCUACCCCAUCCUUAUGCUGUUGCCAAGAAGGAAGGAAUGGAUUCUGCAUUCUACUCAAGCACUCAGAUUGACACCACAGCCUACCUGGAUGACGUGGCCUCCAUGCCAUACCACGUGGGCAGCAUCAACAGCAUAGACAGUGACCGCUGGAAAGCCAUCAAUGCCUGAGGCAGGGCACCUGCUUCACAUGAUUGUCUCAUUCCUUUCCUUCCAAACUCCCUGAUACCACAGCUGUCCACUGGAAAUCUGUCCUUGGCUAUCUGCCAUGGCUUUCUUCUUUUCCUUAGGAUUUCCAAAACCUAUUGUGGAACUAAGUUGGCAGCCCAAACCCUUUUGGAAAGAACAUUUUCUCUUGCUACCUGAGAACAGUUUUGUUCAUACUCCUGUAAACACUGAACUUCCCAGAUCCUCUAUGUUCCAGAUGUGAAUAUGAUUCAGAAGACAGCCCUGGCUGGCACCUCUUCCUUUUCAGUGACUGAAAGCACUUGUCUGCCAAUAAGGGGAAUGUUGUUUAGGGAUGAGGGUGUUGAUUUGACUGCUGUAUUGUACAUAUAUAGAAAGAGUUUGAUGGUUGAAA